UUGCUGCUAGCUUGAUACAGUUCGCAAACUUUCGCCGAUAUGAUCCCGAAACAUCUCGGAGUCGGAGCUCGACCUGCACAGUAAAAGUUAUUAUAUCCCCCCGUCUUACCGUGCGAGCAUGUGUGCGCGUUUGACUCCUUCCUGACGGCGGCGAGGAGGAGCGUGUCCGGCAUGUCCGUUACCGCCGCGGAGGCGUUUCCAUGGUGGCCGAACUGAAAACUUUCAGGGAGCAAACUUCGAGCCAGUGACUCUUACGCGUCUUUUCAACGGUCAAGACCGCCGCUUAAAGUCAACCGACGUCAGACGCGAGCCACCGCCAUGGCCCGCGCCGCCGCCGCCGCCGUCUCCACGCGUGCUUUCAUUUUCAGCGUGUUCCUCGGCGUGUCGCAGUGCUACUUUGCCGUGCCGCUGAAGAUAUCCACCGGGAGCUACAACGUCUCCUCGGACGUCGGCGUGACCCGGCGGGUGGUGCUAACGGCUGAUGGAGACGGCCUCUCCCUGGCCUCGGACCCGAGCGGCGCCGUCAACUUUCUGGACAUGGUGAAUAACUUGCAAGGGGACUAUGGAAGAGGCUACUACAUAGAAAUGUCCAUCGGUACACCUGGUCAGAAGGUGAACAUCCUGGUGGAUACAGGAAGCAGUAACUUUGCCGUGGCUGCAGCUCCACACCCGUUUAUUACUCACUACUUCGACGCUGCGCUCUCCGGUACCUACCAGUCUUCUGGCCGGACCGUGGCUGUCAGGUACACUCAGGGCAACUGGGAAGGGGAACUGGGCACUGACCGUGUCUCCAUUCCCAAUGGCCCAAAUGGAACCGCCACCAUCAACAUCGCUGCCAUCCUGUCCUCUGAGGGCUUCUUCCUUCCAGGGGUCAACUGGCAGGGCAUCCUGGGACUGGCCUACCCCAUGCUGGCAAGGCCGGACUCGUCCGUGGUUCCCUUCUUCAACUCUUUGGUGCAACAGCUGGGAAUUCCUGACAUCUUCUCCCUCCAGAUGUGCGGUGCUGGAAUUUCCGCCAGCAGCACGGCGGACCCCCCUGGAGGCAGCCUCAUCAUGGGAGGGAUUGAACCAACUCUGUAUCAGGGAUCCGUAUGGUACACACCUAUCGUAGAAGAGUGGUACUUCCAGGUGGAGGUUUUGAAGCUGGAGGUUGGGGACCAGAAUCUGGACCUGGACUGCAGAGAGUACAACAUGGACAAAGCGAUUGUUGACAGCGGGACGACGUUGCUGCGUCUUCCCGUAAACGUCUUCAACGCGGUGGUGGAAGCCAUCACGCGCAGCUCUCUGAUCCAGGACUUUUCGUCGGGGUUCUGGGAUGGCAGCAAGCUCGCGUGUUGGAUGAAGGGAGAGACCCCCUGGAGGUUUUUCCCCAAGCUGUCCAUCUACCUCAGGGCCACGAACACCAGCCAGUCCUUCCGCAUCACCAUCCUGCCGAAGCUGUACAUUCAGCCGAUCACAGACGUCGACGGAACGCUGGACUGCUUCCGCUUUGGACUGUCUUCGUCAGCGAACGGCCUGGUCAUCGGCGCCACUGUAAUGGAAGGCUUCUACGUGGUGUUCGACCGCGCCCAGCGGAGACUCGGCUUCGCCCUCAGCAGCUGUGCAGUGAGCGGUGGCGAGGCCCUUUCAGAGGUCGCGGGGCCCUUCUCGGCAGCAGACGUGGCGGCCAACUGCUCUUGGGCCCCGCCGAAGGAGCCCUUCAUGUGGGUGAUCUCCUACGCCCUGAUGGCGGUCUGCGCCGUGGUCCUCAUCAUGCUGCUGCUCCUGCUGGUCCUGCCCUGCCGCAGGAACCGCUCCGGGGAGAUCACCGACGAGUCCUCCCUGGUCCGCCACCGCAUCAAGUGACUGAGGGGAAGAGGAGGGGCGGCGGCGGCAAGCGGCGAGCGGAGUCCACCCGCGGCGGCGCAGAAAGGGGCGGGGCCCGGCCUGCACCAAACGACGGCCCGCGCCUCCGAGUGUCUGAGCGACUCCAGUGUGCACUCAAAGGCUUGGUCCACGGACAUCGACACAGAGCGAUCAAACAUCUCUUGACAGGAAAACCGAACUGUGUUUACGGUCGCCAACAGCAACGGCACACAACCCUCCACGGUUUAUCUAAAGGGUUGCGUGCUGUUGGCACUGAUGUAUGAGGGUAGCAUAAGAGCUAAUGGUGGACUCUUCCUACCAGACCAUCGCGGGUCAGCAGGUGGGGAGGACGUAAACCUCAACAACAUCAGGACAGUCUGGUUUUAUUUUUUCCAAACUGUAAUCAGCAAGUGACUGUUUCUGCCUUCUUUAUAUUUUUACGUUUACCUCCAGACCUCGAUGGAGGGAACCUGAUGCCUGUGUAGGUCGAUAGGGAAAGCUGCUUUAACAAUCGCUGUUAAAAGGAGAAUCUUGCCAGAGGUUCAGCGUGUUUACGGUGCCUGUAGUGCCCCUGAAGUCUCAGCUCUCUGCUAACACUAAAUAAUACACACUAUCAGCACUUUGAGGCUCACUGCUGAAUUGCACUUUGUGUCUUAUGUCAAUCAAAGGUGUAUCAUAAAUCCCAAGAUCAAUAUUUCUCAAUCUUUUAUGCAAUUUGUUGUAUUAAUCUAAUCUUACUAAUUGUAUAUGUCUAAGUUUGAAUUUAAUUAUCUUUGAUGUGAUUUGUAUUAUUCCAAAUGUUUGCAUUUUAGACACCAGAUCUUCAAGGGUACAUAUUUAUAAUGCGUACUUCACACAUGUACCAACUAUUUUGAAACUGACCCGUUAGAUGCACACGCUCAUUAGUGUUGGUCUUCUUGUGGGCCACUUAACGUUGCCAAGCCUUCUGUUACUGUCUCAUCGUACAGAGCGUCGCUGUUUUAAGCUGCACAAAUGUGUCACUCUGCCAAAAAGUUAAUUAAAGAUACACUUGAAACUUUGGAUGUCACUUAUUUAAAAGUGCAUUUCCUUCUGUGCCACAACCGUGUUGUAAAUAAAAUAACUUGGUACCAAA